UUCUACAAGGCUGCAACGGAGUCUCAACCCAAAGAUUAGGAAGCCGGGUAAGCAGCCUGGUGCACCUUACUUGGGACUGGGGUGUGUUAGGGCCCCCGCCAGGCCGGCCCAGCCUCGGGCACCUGCCGCGCCUCGGCGUGCCAGUGGUGGUGCCGCUGGCUCCCGCCGCCGCAGGAACUUCAGGAACUUUUUUUUUUGGUAAAUUGCUGCGUGAGGAGAGGCCCCGCCCUUCCGCGCCAGGCCGCCCGGCCGCCCCUACCGCGCUCCCGGCGGGUGUUGGUCGGCGUGGAGGGCCUGGAGACGGCGGCCCAUGGGACCCGUGGAGCUGCCCGCCUGGCUGCAGCCCAGGUAUAGGAAGAAUGCCUAUCUUUUCAUCUACUACUUAAUCCAGUUCUGUGGCCACUCAUGGAUAGUCACAAAUAUGACAGUCAGAUUCUUUUCAUUUGGAAAAGAUUCAGUGGUUGACACUUUUUAUGCAAUUGGACUUGUCAUGCGACUUUGCCAAUCUGUUUCCCUCUUGGAGUUGCUGCACAUAUAUGUUGGCAUUGAAUCAGACCAUCUUCUGCCUAGGCUUCUGCAGCUCACUGAGAGAAUAAUCAUCCUCUUUGUGGUGAUCACCAGUCAAGAGGAAGUCCAAGAGAAAUACGUGGUGUGUGUUUUAUUCAUCUUUUGGAAUCUAUUGGAUAUGGUUAGGUACACUUACAGCAUGUUAUCAGUCAUUGGAAUAUCCUAUGCUGUCUUGACAUGGCUCAGUCAAACACUAUGGAUGCCGAUUUAUCCUUUGUGUGUUCUCGCUGAAGCAUUUGCCAUCUAUCAGUCACUGCCUUAUUUUGAAUCAUUUGGCACUUACUCCACAAAGCUGCCCUUUGACUUAUCCAUCUAUUUCCCAUAUGUGCUGAAAAUAUAUCUCAUGAUGCUCUUUAUAGGUAUGUAUUUUACCUAUAGUCAUCUUUACUCAGAAAGAAGAGACAUCCUCAGAGUCUUUCCCAUUAAAAAGAAGAAAAUGUGAAGCACGGCACUCUGAUGUGACAUAAGAAAGGAGAGGCUGUGGAUUCAGCUGCAGUAAACACAACACAGGUGGAAAAAUACCUAGUAUUUCAUAAAAAUCCAUGACAUGCAAUAAUUGCUCUCCUCCCCAAAACUCUUGACAUAUACAGCAGUCUGUGUUUCUCACAUGUUGUUUUUAGUGUGUAUACUCUUCACGACCUGUUUCACCAAAGCUGUGAAUUUUACACAGGAUAAGUUUAUAUUGUGUGAAGCCUGAUUAUUUUCCUGUAAGGUUAAUGAGAAAUAAGAUUUUAACUGGAGUAGAUUGUGUUAAACUAAGAAACCAAAGUUGCUAACCUAAAUUACAUCUAUUUACAUAUAUUUCUUUUCACUUCUGAGUUCCCAAGUAGCAACUGAUCUGUGGGAGGGGAGUGAUGUGUAAUAUGUUCUGUAUUUUUCUAGAAUAACCUAUUUUAUAGACAGAUGUCACUGUCCCCAGAGUUAACACCCACCUUAAACAUUAGACACACUUAGAAAAUGAAACAUUUUUCCAAACCCUGAAAGAGUAUUUGUUAAUAUUACACAAGUUAUUUAGACUUUGAUGGCUUAAAAGAGGACCCUGAGGAAAACAGAAUAGACCUUCGUUUUCACAAAUAAUGCCCCAUAUUCCUUUUUUAAAAAAUCUAAUCAAGCCAUAUACAUACCUUAAAGGAGAUAAAAGGUACAAAAAUAUAGUAAAUCAUUUAAAUAAGGCAAGAAAAUUGAGAACCAGUGAUGCUUCAGAUUAUUUAUUACUGAAUUAUUAUUGCUAAUUGCUAUAAAUCAUAUAUGUCAUCACUUAUACUUUUGAAAAAUGCUCCAUUCUUUGAAGUUCUAAAAUAUAUGUGAAUAAUUGACUAAUAGAAUAAUUUCUGUACCUUCAGUAUAUCAUUCACUUUUCUUGAGAGAAUUAUAGAAUCUUAUUAUCCAAUAACUAUAUAAAAAGGGUACUAAAUAUUUUGUGACAGUAAGAACCAGGUAAUGGAAAUGUAAUUAUAAAAGAUGGAUAAUCUUAUUCCCACUAAAUAAAACAUAUGAAAAGAAACAAUUGAGUAUUAAUAAAGGUAGUUGAUAUCUUUAUAAAGUUAAUAUAUUUGGAAUUUUAAAAUAAGUAUUAAAAUUAUCCUUUUAAGAAGCUGUA